AGAGAAUCUACAGAAAAGCAUAGGAAACUAUUUGCCUUAUCGACCGAUCCUCCGUCGGUAUAUGCAUAGAUACAUAAGCCGGUAUAAUCUCUGCAGGUAUUUUUAUUAUACAGUAAAGAAUUAUUCUUGUAUAAAAGAAAAUGACACUUAUUGUCGAAAUCAAAUAAAUAAAUGAAAUUACACCAGAUAACGUUAGCGAGUUAACAAAAUAUAUUUUAUUCAUCCUUUGUGACUUUGUUCGAUGAAACAGACGCAUAACCAAUCAAACUAAAACAUUACACAAAGUAGUGUAAUUAUGCCGGUUUUUCAAGAGUCUUGUGCAGAGCAAAUACAAGCUCAAACUAUCAUUAUAAUUCACCCUGGGUCAAUGUAUCUUAGGAUGGGAAGAGCAUCCGACUUAAAUCCUUGCACAAUCUUAAAUGCUGUUGCAAGAAGACGUUUACCUGGAGGAUUAGAAUAUAAAGAUAGUUUAUUACCACCUGCUGUUCCACGAACAAAAGAAUUGACUCAAGCGAUGGAAGAAUCUCGUCUCCAAGUAUCGCACACGUUACAAUCUUGUCUUCAAUCCGAUGGAAGAAGAAGAUAUGCUACUCCACCUCAACAAAUAGCUGCCUUUAAUCGCAGAUCAAAUCCAGAAAUAUCAUCCCCGUGUAGCGUUGAAUGGAUUAAAACAGACAAAGAUGUUAUAGUCGGAGACGACAUACUGUCCCUAAAUCCAGAUGAUAACUUCAAUAUUCAUUUUCCAUAUAAAAGAGGAGAGCUGAAUGUUCAUUCAGGACCUGGUGGUAGUCUAAGAUCCGUUAUGGCCGACUUAAAAACCAUUUGGGAAUAUGUUCUCACAGAGAAAAUGGACAUUCCUUUAAGAGACCUAAAGCAUUACCGAGCUGUUCUCAUAAUACCAGAUAUUUAUAACAGACAAUAUUUAAAAGAAUUGACAACCUUGAUGCUUUGUGAAAUCGGAUUCGGCGCAUGCUUUCUAUUGCAAGAUCACGUAGCAGCUACGUUUGGCGCAGGACUAGGAUACGCCUGUGUAGUCGACGUGGGCGAUCAGAAAACGUCUGUUUCCUGCGUGGAAGAUGGAAUUUCUCAUAGGAACACCCGAGUCCGUAUGGAUUACGGUGGAGGAGACAUUACGCAAACGUUCUUUUGGUUACUUCAGAAAUGCGCAUUUCCCUACAAAUCAUGCGAUCCGUCCAAUAAAUUGGACGCUUUACUUUUGAAUCAACUGAAGAAGGAUUUUUGUCACGUUGAUCUGAACGUAUGCGGAUCCCAAGAGAAGACAUUUGUAGUCAGAAAGCCAAAACAACAGACAGAAAAGUACACUCUUCAAGUUGGAGACGAAUGUUUAGUCGCGCCUCUGAGUUUGUUUCAACCAGAAUUAUUCAAAGUAACCGGAACGCACAAUGUACAUAUACAAAAGAGAUCUACAGGAGAUCCAGAAGAUCCGCACGAUGAAAACUAUUUACGGGAAACGAGUAGGAGAGGUAUGAAAGAGAAUCUGGAGCAGACGUCCGAGAUGCCUGAGGAAGCAACUGCCCCGACAGCAGCAGGAGAAGAGGAAGUAGUCGUGGACGCUGUGGAUUCGGCGCCGAUCGCUUUGUCCAAUCGCGAUUUGGACGCACCGCGUGAUUUUGUGGUAGGCCCUCAGCAACUCCUGGGCCUCGAUCACGCUGUUCUCCAAAGCAUCGAUCGCUGUCCUACCGAAGACUUGAAGAGAAAGAUGUACAGCUGCGUGCUUGUCGUUGGUUCAGGCAUGAAGUUCCAAGGCAUUGGUAUGUGGUUGCACAAUCGGAUCUCCCUUCAAAUUCCCUACAUGUACAGAGCUGAACAACUCGAUAUCAUAACUCAACCCAAGGAAAUGGACCCUGGGAUGACGGCGUGGAAAGGUGCUGCGAUUUUGAGCUGCUUGGAACCUGCUCAAGAACUGUGGAUCGGUCGACAGGAAUGGGAACGAAACGGCGUUCGAAUAUUGAGAGAAAGAGCGCCUUUCAUGUGGUGAUGUCGACCAAGCCUUUCCAUGUAUAAUUAACUAUGCAAGUUUAUUUAAAAAGUAUCAAUAAGUGAAAUAUAUUAAGUAUAUAUUUAUAGUAGAUUCAUGUCU